GCAUUUAUGUUUCGCGAAAUUGAAUACCCGGAAGAAUUGAAAUUUCAGGGGCAUAUAGAAAAUGAUACAUGGACGGUAGUAAAUGAAUUAUAUAGGUUUAUUGAUUCAAGUGAUGUUAUUGAAGAAGAAGAAGUGAAAAAUAAAGCACAUCAAUUGCUCAAAGUUUUUGAAUUACAACUUGUUAAUGCUAUCAAUUUUGAAGGUUAUGAUGAUAAAGAUGAGAUAACACCAAAUUAUCAAUGGACAUUUUCUGGUGCUUUAUUAUUUUCAAUAACUGUUUUCACAACUAUCGGGUAUGGCCAUAUCUGCCCAAAAACACCUUUGGGACGUGGUAUGACAAUGUUAUAUGCAAUGAUAGGUAUACCUCUCAUGUUGCUCUGUUUGGCAAAUAUUGCUGAAAGCCUUGCUCAGGUAGUAAUAAUUUUCAAUUAG